AUGUAUUACCAUUAUGGUUCAGACCUUGCUAAAAUGGUAGCUGACGAAUUGUCAAUUUCCCCACUUGAAAGGUCAACUCUAUCUCACCAAGAAUUUGAUAUUUUGGAACAAUGUAGAAAGACAAUACAAACCUUUGCGAAGAAAUACCCAGACAAACCUGAAGUUGGAUUCUUUGAUGAAGGUGAAGCACAGUAUUUCCAAUUAAUCAAAGUGAUGGGAAUUACAAAACCACCAUAUCAACCACUUUUCCCAAGAUCAAAGGAUAAGCAUAGUUUGACGGAGUUUCAAAAGAUUGGAUGGUGUGUUAAACUUGGAGUGGAUAAAGAGCUAUGUCAAGCAAGUUAUGCUGGUUCCUUUAUGAUAAACAUUUAA